AAAACUUCGCACUGUUUCAUCUUUUUGCUUUGUCUUCCUCACUCUCUCCUCUACAAUUCUCCCUGUAUAAUCUCUUGUUUUCGUUCCUGGGAUUCACGGAGUCUCUCUCAAGGCUUUGAUGACUAUAUCUCCAAGCUCUGCUCUAGCUCAAUUCCACAGCAAAUUUUCUUGCAGAAAUGGAGUCGGUGAAUCAAAUGGUUCACUGGUUUCGCCCUUUUUCACAAAACCCAUUAUCUCAAUUCCGAAGAUUUCGAGGAAUUUCAGUGUGCAGAGACACAACUGGAGUGUUUUUACUACAAGAGCUUCUGCUGAGGUAUUGGAGAGUUUAAAAGCAGAGGAAGAGAGAGAAGAAGCGAGACCACUGAGAGUCGGACUCAUCUGCGGUGGUCCCUCCGCCGAACGUGGGAUUUCGCUUAAUUCUGCAAGAUCAGUUCUUGAUCACAUACAGGGAGAUGAUUUGCAUGUCAGCUGCUACUAUGUGGAUUGCAACAUGAACGCGCAUGCAAUAUCCUCAGCACAGAUAUACUCUAAUACUCCUGCUGAUUUUGACUUCAAACUUGAAAGCCUUGCCCAUAGUUUCAAGUCUUUAUCGGAGUUCACAGAACAUCUUGCUGCUUCUGUUGAUAUAGUUUUUCCAGUGAUACACGGUAGAUUUGGAGAAGAUGGUGGCAUUCAGGAGCUUUUAGAGCAAGCAGGCAUCCCAUUUGUUGGCACAGGAUCAAAUGAAUGCUGUCAAGCUUUUGACAAGUACAAUGCCUCCGUGGAGCUCAAAAGGCAUGGAUUUUUAACCAUACCAAGCUUUCUAGUACAGGGAAGUGAUACGGAUGGAGUUAAGCUAUCCGAGUGGUUUGUGAGCAAUCUUUUGGAUAUCAAUGUUGGAAAAGUUGUGGUGAAGCCAGCACGUGCGGGAUCAAGCAUUGGGGUCUCUGUAGCUUAUGGUGUUGAUGAUACCCUUGCAAAAGCAAAUGCUCUUAUUUCAGAGGGUGUAGAUGACAAAGUCCUUGUUGAGGUUUUUAUUGAUGGAGGAACUGAAUUUACGGCAAUUGUUCUUGAUGUGGGACCUGGUUCCGAUUGUAAUCCAGUGACUCUCCUUCCUACUGAGGUUGAGUUGCAAUAUUAUGGGAACUCUGAUGUUGAAGAGGAUGCAAUUUUCAAUUAUCGCAGGAAGUAUCUUCCAACAUUACAGGUUGCUUAUCACACCCCACCUCGUUUUCCAUCAGAUGUGAUUAACUGUAUUCGAAAGGGUUCGGCUUUAUUGUUUCAGCAGUUGGGCCUGCGUGACUUUGCUCGUAUUGAUGGUUGGUUUCUACCUUCUCCAAGUCAGAUACUGUCAUCUGAUGAUAAUGAAAUAAAGUUUGGAAAGACUAAAUCGGGUAUGAUUGUGUUCACUGAUAUCAAUUUGAUAAGUGGGAUGGAGCAAACGAGUUUUUUAUUCCAGCAGGCCUCCAAGGUGGGCUUUUCCCAUUCAAACAUCUUGGGAACUAUCAUCCAGCACGCCUGCUUGCGAUCUCAUGCUCUCCAAUCAUAUGUUGGGCAGAAAUCACAGUCUAGAAGUAUGCAGCAGAUGCAACGUGGUAAUGUUAUGCCCAAGGCCAAAGGCACACACAAAGUUUUUGUCAUUUUUGGUGGAGAAACUUCAGAGCGUCAAGUUUCCCUUAUGAGUGGAACCAAUGUUUGGCUCAACUUGCAAAAUUUUGAUGAUCUUGAAGUGACCCCAUGCCUGCUUGCCCCUGCUAAUGGAUAUUUAUCUCAAGGAAGUGAAGAAAAAGGCAAUCUGACUCGAACAGUUUGGUCUUUACCUUAUUCCGUUGUGUUGCGGCACACUACAGAGGAAGUACUUGCAGCUUGCAUGGAGGCUAUUGAACCAGUUAGGGCUGCAUUGACAUCAAAAUAUAGGGAUGAAGUGAUGGUAGAACUUCUAGAAGGUCUAACUAAACAUAAGUGGUUUUCCGGUUUUGACAUAUCAGAUGCCCCUCCUAAGAGAUAUGUCCUUGAAGAGUGGAUUGCCCAAGCUAAGGAGGUUCAAGCAACAGUGUUCAUUGCACUACAUGGGGGAAUUGGGGAAGAUGGUACUCUACAAUCGUUGUUGGAAGCUUCAGGGGUGCCAUAUACAGGACCUGGUGUGAUGGCUUCUAAGACUUGUAUGGAUAAAGUGGCGACCUCUCUAGCCCUUGCUCAUAUGACAAACUCAGGAGUGCUUACCAUACAUAAGGAUGUAAGGAGUAAAGCUGAACUAGUAAACUCAUCUUUACCUGAUAUUUGGCAUGAAUUGACGGCCAAGCUUCACUCUGAGACAUUAUGCGUGAAGCCAGCUCGAGAUGGUUGCUCAACUGGGGUUGCUCGAUUAUGUUGUAAGGAGGACUUGGAAGUAUAUACAAAUGCCUUGCGGAAGAGUCUUUUACGUCUUCCACCUAACAGUUUGUCAAAGGCCCAUGGAGUGAUUGAGAUGCCGAAUCCUCCACCUAAAUUGUUAAUAUUUGAGCCUUUUAUAGAGACAGAUGAAAUCACUUUCUCCUUUAAGUCAUCAAAUGCCAACGAACCUCACCUCUCGUGGGAUGGAAAUAGUCGAUGGAUCGAAGUUACGGCUGGUGUUAUUGGAAAAAGAGGUGAAAUGCAGUCCUUGAGUCCUAGUAUUACCGUCAAGGAAUCUGGUGACAUUUUGUCACUCGAGGAGAAAUUUCAAGGUGGAACUGGCAUCAAUCUGACUCCUCCCCCAAAAGAAAUUUUCAGGGAAGAGGCCCUACAGAGAUGCAAACAGCGUAUUGAACUCAUAGCAAAUAUGUUGGGCUUGGAAGGAUUUUCGCGUAUUGAUGCCUUUGUUAAUGUAGACAAUGGAGAAGUUAUGGUCAUUGAGGUGAAUACUGUGCCUGGAAUGACUCCUUCAACAGUCCUCAUCCAUCAGGCCCUUGCAGAGCAACCCCGUAUGUAUCCUCGUCAAUUUUUCCGUGCACUUCUUGAAUUAGCUUCAUCAAGAUCUGUAUGAGUACUUGUAAAUUAAACAGAAAAAAAGUUCACUUUGAUGGGUAAUUUGUUGCUGAAAGCUUGAAAUUAUGAUUGUUGUAAAGCGUAAGAUCCACUUCAAAAACAUGAGAAGUAAAUUAUGGAACGUAGGUUGGUAAAGUUUCCAUUAACAUCA